AGGCAGAGAGGCAAGAGUGAAGGAAAUGAUGACAGGAUGGGCGGGUAGAGGGGAGGACACUCAAAGCAGUAGCUGCAAACUGUCCUUAAUUUGUUUAAUCCUAGGAUUUUUGGAUUACCUCCGGCAAUUAAUCUUGUUACACAGCAGCGCAGCAACAGAGGGAUGUCUGCUGUGGGCGGGGCCUGGGUGUGUGUUUAGAUCUCACUUUUUAUAUAUCAGGCCUCACCAAAGAGCAGCGAUGCCAUUAGUCAACAUGGCGGAGGCUCGGCUUCGAAGGGCGGCUGAGGAGGAGGGGAGGGAGCCCCGGCCACCUCCACCGCCACCGUCUCACCGCUCCAACCACCAGUUUGCCAGCAUGAAGAGCAAGUUCUUCAACGAGCUCACACACCUGCCAAUGCCCAUGUGGGCUGUUGGUGCCAUCGUCGUUGUGGUCCUUGCCCUUAUCGGCUGCCUUGUUUUCUGCAUCUAUAAGAAAUGCUUCAAUAAGGGAAAGAAGCAGAAGAAAUCCAGAGAGAGGAAAGGAGGAGGAGGGAGGGGUCGCAGAAAGAAGGAUAAGGACGGAGAGGACGGGGAGGAGAAAAAGGAUGGAGAUGAAGAGAAAGAAGAGGAGAAGGAGAGUUUUGGCAAACUGGAAUACACGUUGGAUUAUAAUUUUACUGAUAAUCAGUUGAUAGUUGGAAUCCUUCAAGCUCAGGACCUCCCAGCUAUGGACAUGGGUGGAACCUCCGACCCUUACGUUAAAGUCUACAUGCUCCCAGACAAGAAAAAGAAGUUUGAGACCAAAGUUCAACGCAAGAACCUCUGUCCUGUCUUUAAUGAGACGUUUACCUUUAAGAUCCCCUACAGCGAGCUGGGUGGUCAAACUCUGGUGUUGCAAGUUUUCGAUUUUGACCGCUUUGGAAAGCAUGAUGUAAUUGGUGAAAUUAAGAUCCCAAUGAACAGCAUAGACCUUGGACAACCAAUACAUGAAUGGAAAGAUCUAGUUGGUGGAGAAAAAGAAGAACAAGAGAAGUUAGGUGAUAUCUGCAUUUCCCUUCGCUAUGUCCCAACGGCUGGUAAACUAACGGUUAACAUUAUGGAAGCAAAGAACCUGAAAAAAAUGGAUGUCGGAGGACUGUCAGAUCCCUUCGUCAAGGUGGUUCUUCAACACAACGGCAAGAGACUCAAGAAAAAGAAGACAUCGGUGAAGCAGAACACUCUUAAUCCUUACUUCAACGAGAGCUUUAGCUUUGAGAUUCCCUUCUCUCAAAUUCAGAAAAUCCAGGUGCUGAUCACGGUGUACGACUACGACAAACUGGGCAGCAACGAUCCCAUCGGGAAGUGCUGGAUCGGCUAUGGUGCAUCAGGCGUCGGGUUGCGUCACUGGUCAGACAUGCUGGCCAAUCCCAGACGUCCUGUGGCCCAGUGGCACACACUGCUGCCCGAGGAAGAGGUGGAUGCUGCCCUGAAAGCUCCCAUCCGUUAACAUGACCCCCCCUUACUCAUACAAUUUAUGGUUUGCAUAAGAAGUCUUUAUAGAGUCACUUUGCAGGAACAGUUGUUUUAUUUGUAAUAUUUUAUUUUGCCAUUUCUAAUACUUUAAUGUUGCAUCCCUUUGUA